GCCAUGGAUGGUGAAGGAGACAUCGAUGAUUGAGGAAGUUACAAGCCAGCUCCUUUCCGACCGCUUCUCUUCCUAAUCUCGCCGACUUCGUCGUCAAAUUCAUCUGGUACCACGGCCUACUGUCUGCGUUCGGAACGUCAUUACUUUUCACCCUCACAUUAUAGCGUGUUAUGCGAAUCUUGUCAUCAUGCAAACCUAGUUUCUGUCUCGAACUUUGGAAUCUAUAUGUGGUACGGGCUUCUUGCUAUCAAACUCUCUGGACACGCUUCACGGUGGCUCAGACCUAGGCUAGACACGUACCGCACAUGUUUUUCACAAAACAGAGGAGUCGCGGAUCGCGGGGCACCCACAGUUCUCCUGAUCAUAUCUUUGCAACCGUUCACUGGGUCAUUCUCCGACUCUGCGAUGAGGAGUGUCGGGAAUUGUCCAUGCCACGCGAGAUUGUGAGCCUCGAGGUCACCUCAUGAGGCAUCACGAGCUUCCGUUUGGAGCGGAAUGAUCGGGCUGGGCUUGCUUCCUAUCCCCUACAGCAUGCUAGACAACAAUUCUGCAUGAACACGCAAAUCAUUGUGUAUGACUUAUACUAUGAUGUGAGGUACGCCGUAGUGAGCGAGCGUAUCAUUCUCGCUCUCGAAAGUAUCCUCAAUCGAAACAUCCAGAUAUAGUAUCAGGGUCCAGUGGACACAUUAUACAGGCCUAAGUCCUCCCUGCUUUCCCUCCUGCGCGCUUGCGCCCACAACCUCGCGAACAUAUCAAGGCGCGGCGAUGUCGCGAUCAAGGAGAAAUCUGGUCUUGCACUCGAGACGCGUCGCCUCACAUCCUUCAUCCACCUGGUAUGCAAUUCCUACCGCUGCUCGAACAGGACACGGAGAUGGCUCUGGUGCAGAGCCGCGGAUUCGACGACGUGGGGUGCCAGACGUCUCGUAGCCCAAGUCCUAAACCGUGUACGCUGGAGGACUUUGUACCUUCGCUGGAGGACAUGGAGGAUCUUGUUUCCGGCCUGGCGGCAGUGAUGCCGGUGGCUGGCAACACCGCUUGCGCUCCUCCCGCCUACUCUGAUUCCGUCACCGACAUGCCCACAUCUUCGCUGGGCCUAGAUUUCGACGCUCUAAUCGCUGGACCCCCUUCUUGUGGCUCCUUGGUGCCUCCUGCCCUUGGGCAGCAGACCCGUCAUGCAACGGCUGCAACGUCAAAACUGUCAGGUGCUGGUGAACGCUCCGGCCAGCAAGGGACAACAUCAACCAACCGCUGCGCAAGGUCCUUCCCAUCUGACGUCUAUAUGCGUGCUCGUCCUAUGAUCUGGGAUGUCACUUCCUCUACGAUGCCUCCCCCAGAGGCUCACCUGCUCCACGACGAAGCCCGACAUCCCCGGGAUCAUUCUUACUCCGAAUACGCUAGCGAGAUGGCUGUUCCUCCCUGGCGUUGCCCCUCCAUCGCGGAGGCAGUGUUCCGAACUCCCUCGACGCAUGAAGAAGACGCUUUCACCGCAUUCUCUACUCCCCCUGCUAUUUCACCCCCGCAUACUGGGAGCCUAUCCUAUCGUUGUCAGCCGAACAAAAACUGUAACUCUGCUCGUCAAACCGCUCGCAUAGAGACGUGG